AUGGCCGCCAUUCUUUUGAGGGCAAAGCCCAAGGAAAGUGUAUCUUUUGAAGAUGUGUCUGUGUACUUUACAAAGACAGAAUGGAAGCUUCUGGAUCUCAAACAGAGGAACCUCUACAAGCAGGUGAUGCUGGUGUCAUUGGGACUUGUUUUCUCCAAGCCUAACCUGGUAUCCCAGCUGGAGUGAGGGGAGAAGCCCUGGAUUAGGGAUGAUGGAAUGGAGAGUACAGCAAGAUCCUGUGCUGAUGAGCUAGGGAAUAGGAUAAAGACCAAGACUCUGACUUCAAAACCAAAACUUUUUGGAAGAGGUCUCCUCAGAAGCACCUCGGGACCCUCAUUGCAGAGACGUCCUCACGAUUUCAGGCCAAAUCCCAUUUUAAGGUACCAAUACUCCAGAAUCGUGGAUAAACGAUAUCUAUGUCAGCAGUGUGCAAAAUCCUUCAGCCACAGCUUCAAUCUCAUCAAACACCGGAUUAUCCACAGCAGAGAGAAAUCUUAUGAGUGCAGCGAGUGUGGUAAGCAGUUCCAGUGCAGCUUAGCGCUGCUGGAGCAUCAGCGCAUCCACAGUGGCAACAAGCCCUAUGAAUGUGGUGAGUGUGGCAAAACCUUCACACACAGCUCCAACCUCAUCAAGCACCAGAUCAUCCACAGCUGUGAGAUGCGGUUCGUGUGCCACGUGAGUGGUAAGGUGUUCAGGCACAGCUUUGUGCUGCUUGAGCACACGCGCAUCCACAGUGGUGAGCGGCCCUUCCAGUGCAUCGAAUGCGGCAAGGCAUUCAGCCGAAGCUCCAAUCUCAUCGAGCAUCAGCACAUCCACAGUGGCCGGAAGCCCUACAUCUGCCAGGAGUGCGGGAAGGCCUUCAAGGGCAUCUCGCAGCUCAUCCACCACCAGCUCAUCCACCGCAGCAAAAGGCCCUUCGUGUGCCAUGAGUGCGGCAUGGCCUUCCGAGGCCUCGCAGGGCUCAGUUAACACCAGCGGGUCCACAGCGGUGAGUGCAGCGAAUGUGGCUGGGCCUUUGUUCUCUGGGCCAACCUCUUCAAGCACCAGGUGGUGCAUGGUGGGGUGCAGCUCCAGCACCUCACUCGAGGGAAGGGAUUCCAGCGCAAGCUCCUGGAGCAUUGGCGGGGCCUCCAUGGGCAGCGGCCCCAGGAGGCUGGAGAAGGUAGCUCUGCCGAACCCCAGCCCAUCGAUACCAAUGAGAAGCCUCAAGUUUGUGAGCGCUGUGGCCAGGUCUUCGAGAACAAGUUGCUGUUGUGUCGACACUUGCGCAUCCAUGACAAUGAAGAUGACAAAAAACAGAAGCCUGUUAUUUCAAGCACCUCAGUUUUGGAGGAUAAGUCAUUGCUCAGCCAACAUCUGGAAGCCCAGCCCACAGAGGAAAGCGACACCGAAAGCAGUGUAGUUUUCAUGUAUGCUGAGAAGCCCCACGGCCCAUCUUCACCUUGA